GAUGAGUUGAUGAUAAACGAAAAUAAGUAUGUAAAAAUGUACUCCGUAAUUGAUUUACUAGACAGUAAUUAUGUUGAACAAUGUUGCAGUUUUUUAUUUGUUUGUUUACUCAUCUUUCAUAUGUUGGUAUAGGUUGCGUUUCUUAUCAUAAAUGGAUAUGGAUCAUCGACUAAAAAGGUUGCCUGACUCCUCCUCUUUAAACAUAUACGAGCCUGAGAAUCAACAAUCCUUAGAUAUCCCCGACAUCAACAACAAUGCCCCUCCGAUUGCACAAUGUCUUACUAAGCUUGGUACUUGCUCUGGUACUUUGGACUCUGGUCCCGUGCAUAAGCACCUUACCCAAUAUCUAUUGGAGGAGGAGAGCAUUAUUGAUGGGAACAACCCAGACAUGUAUUUUGAUCCCAUUGCUCUUAUUGCUGUUGAGAGGUCCUACUAUGAAGCCUUGCAUCACUACCAUUCAUCAACUUUUCAUAGCAAUGCUGGAAGCUCCAAGUACGAUGUUGGAAAAUUUAGAUCUUCUGAAGCAAGUAGUCAUCCUGAUAUCCCCAUUCAGUCAUCAUUAAGUCAGACUAACUCCGAUCGGUUAAAUAUAGAUGAUUUCUUAAGCGCUAAUUCGGUUCCAAAAAUAGUUUGUAAUGAUGACACUGAGUCCAUCUUGCAAUUGAAGAGAGAUGUGGAUGAUGCUGGUCGAUUCCUUAAUGAUGAUAAACAGGUUGUAAUCAAUUUGGAUAAUUACUUAGUUUCUCCUAGUGAGGAAUUGAAUGGAGAUGCUGUUACCAAAAUAGAGAAGGGCCAUUCAGCUGAUCUGUGUAGAGGAAAGAAGCAUUAUCAUCUAGACAAAAGUGGUUUAGAAGAAGAAAACAGAAUCAAGCACUCUGCAGUCUAUCACGAGGAGGUUGAGUUAGCAGAGGUGUUUGAUAAUAUUUUGUUGUGUACAGAUGACGAUUAUUAUCCAUCUAAAGGUAGCACACAACAGGAAAACCGAAAUGGUUACAAGAGCCAAAUAAAGAAAAGAAGAUAUACUUGUGAAACUGUGGAUCUGGAGUCUUUUUUAAUCAGCUGCGCACAAUCUGUCGUUGUUGCUGAUUAUAGGGCUGCAGAAGAUGAAUUAAAGAAGAUCCGACAGCACUCUUUGCCUACUGGCAAUGCGAACCAAAGAAUGGCUCAUGCAUUUGCAGACGGUCUUGAGGCACGACUUGCUGGAACUGGGACACAACUGUAUGUGGCUUUAUCUCAUGAACACAACAUGAUUGCUGAGAUGCUAAAGUCCUACAUGUCAUCUUGGCCAUUUAUGAGGGUAUCGAUUUUCUUUUCAAAUGGAAUGAUUUACGAAGUAGCGUCAAAAUGUGAAUCACUGCACGUUAUAGAUUUUGGCAUUAAUUAUGGUAUCCAGUGGCCCACACUUAUUCGGGAUAUUUCACAAAGACCCGGUGGCCCUCCAAAACUUCGAAUAACAGGGAUUGAGUUUCCCCAACCUGGUUUUCGUCCAUCACAAAUGGUGGAGGAGACUGGUCGUCGCUUGGCAAAAUAUUGUGAGCGUUUCGGUGUACCAUUUGAAUACAAUGCCAUAACAACAAGCAAUUGGGAGAGAAUCAAGAUUGAUGAAUUGAAGCUUGUGGGCAGUGAGGUGAUUGCUGUAAACUGCAUUGUUAAAUUCCAGCACUUAUUGGAUGAGACAGCAGUUGGUGCGGACAACCCUAGGGGUGCCGUUUUAAACUUAAUCCGGGAAGCAAAUCCUCAUAUAUAUAUGCAAACUGUGAGUAGUGGAUCACAAAACUCUCCUUUCUUUAUCAGUCGGUUUCGAGAGGCUGUCUUCUACUACACUGCUGUAUUUGAUACGCUUGAUGCUACUUUACCGCACAAUGAUAAUCAGAGAUUGAAUUUGGAAAAAGAAGUUGUGGGAUGCGAAAUAAUGAAUAUCGUAGCAUGUGAGGGAAAGGAAAGAUUCCAAAGACCCGAAACAUGCAAGCAGUGGCACUCUCGCAUCAUGCGGGCUAUAAACCCCACACUUGCGAAGAAGUUAAGACGCAAGGCAAGAAAAGGAUAUCACAAAGAUUUUCUUUUCCUGUAAGAUGGCAAUUGGAUAAUGCAGGGAUGGAAAGGUCAGAUACUUGGCGGCUGCUCUUGCUGGGUAGCUGCAUGACAGACUCACACCACUUAUAGUAACGAAUAAAUUUCACUUUUUGUCAGUUUUAGGUCAAUUCCACAUUUAGUUCACAUCUUUCACUUUGUCCACUUUUGAUACAUGACUAUUGUAUUUUCG